AUGGCUAAUUGUGACUAUCAAACAGUUACUGAAAUAUUUGUUGGUGAAGGAAUUACUAGCUUCACAACCGGUGUCUUUAAUAGCUUUGCUAGUCUUAAAAAAUUAAACCUACCAUCAUCCUUGCAAUCAAGUACCGGUCAAGAUACAAGAAAUUGUUAUGUUUUAGAAACAAUAACAUUAGCUGAAGGGAGUCAAAACUUAGAAGUUGAUGAGUUUGGUGUAUUAUACAAUAAAGGAAAAACAUGUAUCAUUCGCUUUCCUCCUAAAAAGAAUGCAAAAAAUUUUAAGUUUCCAUCAGAAACAACUACUAUUGGCGAAGGGGCAUUUCAAUAUUGUUUAACACAAUGGCAUCUAUUGUCAAAAUGA